CACUGUAGUCGAAAAGGUUUCCUUUUCCCUACCUUUUUUUUUCUUGAAAUAAUAGCGACACAACUUACUGAUAUGGGUGUGUGUCACUAUCCACGAAACAAAGUUUGACAGGGAGUAGCUCUGAAAAAUGUCGGCUAAUUAUUAUAAUACCGAACUGAACCGCCCCCUCUCGGUGUACAACAUUCAGUUAACAGGAAGAGAUAGGAAGCACAUUGCUAGUUAGCUUGAAGUAAAGCAUUAUAUUAUCCCCAAGACAAAUUUUUAUGGGUCAGAAAAUAGCCAGGGUAUGAAUUUGUAGCCGAUGUACAUGAUUAAGCUGUCAGAUUUAUUGGAUUCAACAGCUAUACUGUUAUGCUAGCUCUCUGAGUUGGACUGAAGUGGCCUCGGCGCCGAAUCCUGCAGUUUUUCACACUUCUGUUAUGGUGGAAAUAAACUGUCUGACACUCUGAGGUGAGAGUCUCUACACACAGAGCUCGUGAUGAAAGCUCUCGGCGCGCGCUUCGCGUUCUACGUGGGCUUUGUGGUGGGCACGUGCACCCUGUACGUGCUCCUGCGUCAGGUUGGGUUCACGCGGAACGUGGGGUCUGUUGGUCCCGAGGUCCACAAGGAAAGCCUGAUGGAGAUGAUUGAAGAAGAAAACAAGAACUGGAAGAAGGAAAGGUCGGCUCUCUUCAACCUUAAUCAUCCUCACCAUACAGGUGAGGAUGGCACCCUAGCUGACGCUCUCUAUAAGAAAGUACGUAUUUUGUGUUGGGUCAUGACCGGCCCUAAUAACCUUGAGAAGAAAGCUCGGCACGUGAAAGCCACGUGGAGCCGCCACUGCAACAUUGUGGUCUUCAUAAGCUCUGUGGACGACCCUGAUUUUCCUACGGUUGGCCUAAACACCAAGGAAGGUCGGGAUCAGCUGUACUGGAAAACCAUUCGUGCUUUCCACUACGUCAUGGAAAAGCACGGGGACGAGGCAGACUGGUUCCUCAAAGCGGAUGACGACACUUACGUGGUCGUCGACAACCUGCGCUGGAUUCUGGCCAGCCACUCUCCAGAGGACCCGGUGUAUUUUGGCCGGCGGUUUAAGCCGUAUGUAAAACAGGGUUACAUGAGUGGCGGCGCUGGUUACGUGCUUAGCAAAGAGGCUCUGAGGAGGUUUGUGGAGGGCUUCCGCACCAAAGUGUGCACUCACACUAGCUCAGUGGAGGACCUAGCUCUGGGUCAGUGUAUGGAGAAAAUAGGCGUUGUGGCAGGAGACUCCAGAGACACUUUAGAAAGAGAGACAUUCCACCCUUUCGUUCCAGAGUCCCAUCUCACUGGUACAUUUCCUAAGACCUUCUGGUAUUGGAACUACUGUUAUUACCCCAUUGUGCAGGGCCCACAAUGUUGCUCAGAUCUGGCGGUUUCUUUCCACUAUGUGGAUCCGUCACACAUGUACCUGCUGGAAUACUACACUUACCACUUGCGUGCCUUUGGCUACAAAUACCGCUAUCAGCCCCCUGAGCCCAGUGUCAUAAAAGAUUUAAAUGCUCCAGCCCCAGACAAAGUGGAAAUUGGAGACAUAGAGGAAAAGCUGGGGGCAGAAGGAGAAAAGAAAUCCCACGAACAUAAUGAAAAGUUACAGCAGAUUUCUGCGUAGGAAUUUUUACAAGUUACAUUUAAUAUCUUCUUCCAAAAGAACAGUUUUUGGGAUGGCUUUAUUUUUUUUGGAUAAUGUCUUAAAAUACCUUCUAUAUUGUGCCACAGAAACGUGUGCAUGACAUGUCUGUGUGAUUUAAUGAGCUGGUACAGUUGGGAGUGUGGUCCUCUCAAUAAUGUGAAUGUUUAAAUAUGACAGUGUGGAACUGUAUGACAUGAAGGUUUAGACUUGUAGAGCGAGUAUGUGGUUCUUGGGGUAUGAGUGUAGGACGUUGCCUUAAUAAGAUAAUAACAUUGGGUAAUAUUUUGGGGCCAGAAGCAAGUAUUAGUUUAUACUUAAUUUCAUAUUUUAUUUCUUUAUAUAAAAAUAUGUCAUAAACACACCGCCAUGUAUGAUUUAACAGCAAUGCCAUAAGAAAAAGGGGAACCUUAAUUUACUUUCAUUUGCUCAUUCCCUUCAAUUAGUGCCUCUGCUCUGAUCCAGAAAAAUCAAUCAUUUCCAUAUGUCCCUGGGCCACAUUUGUAUUGAGAUUAGGCAAUAUUUAAACAAAGCAGCUUAUAGAUUUUAUAGCUUGCAAACAAAUUCUGCAAACAUUCAAGCUCCAGUUGUGUUUUCUCAACACUGUCUACAAUAGCUUUGCCAAAGCUGCACAAUUUACUUUGACUAAGAUUACAAAGAACAAAUUAACCAGGAUGUAGUCCUUUAACUGACACCAAAACAGCAUAUUACCUUUCUCUAAAUGGUAAAGGGAUAGUUCACCCAAAAAGGAAAAUUGUCAUCAUUUGCUUUUCGCAAAAGUUGCUCCAAAACCUGUAUGAGCUUGUUUGAGAAGAUAUUGCGAAGAAUGUAAGUAACCAAACAGUUUCUGGUAGACAUAUACUUAUAUACAGUAGUAUGGAAAAAAAUACUGUCGAGUUCAUUAACUACCGGCAAUUGUUUUGUUCUUCAAAAUAUCUUACUUUGUGUUCAGCAGAAGAAAGAUGUUCAUACAGGUUUGGAAAACAUGAGGAUGAGCAAACGAUGACAACUUUGUCAUUUUUGGGUAAACUACUCCUGUAGGAAAGUUGCGGAUUAGUAAGAUCCUGUUGGCUGGCCCAGUAGUUCAAGAGUGCCUGGGAAAGAAGUAAAGCUAGCAAGGUAGAUAAGACGGUGUAAGUAUACGCAGUUUUUUCACCAUGCUAAUGGGAAUUGUGGUUUUCUAGAUGAAUGGUGUAGUGUAAUACGCAGUGAAGCAAAGCAGCUUGUGAGUUAUUGCACCUGACCACAUAAAGCUUUUUUUUUUAAAUUGUUUGGAGUGUGACUGUGGAGGCUUUUGCUUAUCUGGGAUUGAAUGUCAGGUUUCGCUAGUGUUGAAACUCCUACAGCAGUCUGUGAGUGACAUUAGAUGUGUUGACUUUGAAGCUGACGUAGCCGCUUGUCCAGGGUGGUGAAAUUGAUUCAGUUUCUUGUGGUUCUGCUUAAUGUCUCUAUUACUCAAUUAUUUGUGUGUAUUUGCUGUACUUAAAGGGAUAGUGCACUCAAAAAUAAAAACUGCUAUCAUUUACUCACCCUCAUGUCAUUCAAAACCUGACUAUAUCUCUUUUGAGAAACAAAGUUAUAUGUAUUCUAUUUUUCAUGAUUGCACCCUAUUAUAUAAACAAUGCAUCCUUCAGCAUGCGUGUUGUAAAACAUGAGGCGGAGUAAAUAACAGAAUUUUCCCUUUAAAUGUGCUGGAGUUGGUAAGUUUUCUGAAAGGACCUUUUUAACAUAAUGCACACUAAAUGUGUAUCAUUCAAAUGUUUUUAUUCCAGUAUAGGAUUAGAGAUAAAGCUGUGGGUUAAAUCAAAUGCAGCAGUGCUCAAACUCUGUCCAUGCACUUGCAGAUAUUUUGACUGCGUGUAUGACACCACAAUUAUGAAGGGAUUCAAAUAAAGUUUAUUUGAAUGAAUAAACUUAUUUGAACUGGAAAUGAGUGUAUUUGAAUACCAACCACUUUUGUCCUUUGACCACUCCAAGCACAAAGUCACUUGCUUUUGUCAUAGAACUGAAUGAUUUUUGAAGUUAAUGCAAACAGGUUAUAUGUUAUUGGUAAAAUUAUCUUCGUUUUAGUUCCUAAUCAAAUUCUGCAUAAAUCUUGAAAUUGUUAAUGGAAUGACUAUGGUUUUGACUAACACGAUUGCUUUUCAGUGAGUAUUCAGGAAUAAAUGGUGUGAAUUACCAGUAUGCUUGGGAAAUCUCUGUGAAAGUGCCAGAGUAAAUGGAAGUUUUUGCAGUUUUGUUCUAGUCUGUUGAUUCAAAGAGGAAAAGCACUCUUGAGUGUGCACCAUCCACUUUAGGUAUGAUCUAAUAGUUAUUUUUUUGUGGGGUAAAUUUCCAUGAUUUCAAAGAGAAGUUAGCUGUUGUCAGCUAAAUGUUUGAACAUGCUCAUAUGUUCCUAGUAUGCAAAUGAUCUUCCUUAGAAAAGUGCUGGCUAAAAUUCCUUUGUAAACAUUCCCUUUGCAGAGUUUACUUUUGUAAGUUGACAUAAGUUUGCAUAUUUCAGCUCUUGAACAGAGAGAAAGAAAUGCAAAUCUUAAGAUGACUAGAGUUUUCUUUGGAGACGUUGCAUUGAUUGAGCAAAGUUUUUUGCAAAUUGUGUUGACUAAGAAGGCCCAUAGAAAUUUGCAUCUGCACUCUGGGAGAUGUGUAGUGGAUUAUGUAAUGAAAAGGGAAGCCAGCUUGUCAUAAAUGAAGCAGAACCACUCUGUGCGAACAUUAAAACCAGCCCUGCAUUUCUGCAUUCCUGAAUUCAUGCGUUUCAUGCCCUUGUCUUUAAUCCAAAGGUAUAUGUGUUCCUUUCUUAUUCUCUUUUGUCGGUAGGGUCUUUUAUGUACAAAGGGGAAUCCUGCACAGUACUUCCACAGCAAUCUUUUAUUUAUAAAAGAGUGUGUGAGGCAAAUGUGUGACAAGAAUAAUUCAAUGAGGAAGAAUAACCAGCAUAUUAAAUAAAGACUUGUUUUACAUUAAA